AUGGACUCGGACCCCAACGCCUACGUCGACCGAGGAUCGUCCUUUGGGCCGUCGCGAACAUCAGCACCAGGCGGGCACCGCAACUCUCCCCCAUCACAAGAGUCUACCCUGGUCGAGUAUCGGGACCCCCGAUCCGCUGCUCAUGGGAGUCCCAAGAUGGGAACUAGCUCAGGCUCCCCUCCGAGCCCCAAACUCGCACCUAGCCCCAGCAUCGCUCAAGUCCCAUCCUGCUCGCCCCACGGCGACUCUUCGGUCCAGGCUGUCGCUAGGCAUGCGCCGUCCUCAACUACCUCACAGGUAGAACCAUCCAUAUUCGCGGCUUUCGCUUCGCCCUCCGCUGUGGACUCGAUUGCAACGCGCAUGGGGAUCGGAUCCAAUAUCCCCUUGACAUCUGCAGACCCACUCCAGCAGAUCCUCCGUGACGACGACAUUGUCCCAGCAGCUCCAAAGCAUACAGAUAUGGCAACUUCUGCGCCUUCCCCCGAGGAGCCGGAGCUGCUCACUUGCAAACCUCUCGAUCGCGUUGCUUCUCAGAUGGGCAAUGCUGGCAACGUCUCUUCCGCCGCCGUCCUUUCCCAAACGCCCCCUUCCUCGCAGCAUCGCGGCGUCGAAACCGAAUGGGCUCACCACGCACAGCAAAAGCCCAUGGAGAGAAUCGUGUCCCAGGCCGGCUGGACUCCAAGCCUUCCUUUCCAUCCAUCCGCCUCUCUCAAGCGAUUCCGUUCCAUGUCCGACCCGCCUGAAACAAAUCGUUCGCACUCGGUGCGCCUCGCGCGUUCAGCCGCCAAGUACUAUCGCGCGGCACCACGCAAGAGGAUGCGCAACUGGUCGAUCAAGGAUGCUGUCGACCAAGCGGAAGGAGACCGUAUCAUGCGCCAGAUCCGCGGCCGUGCGCAGGACAACUUCUUCCCCGCUGCCAGAGAACCCCCCGUCAACAUGAGCUCUCUGAAAAUCCUCGACACCAGUGAGGUCCUACGACUCCCUCAAAUGCGCCACGAAUUACUGUUUGAGAACAUCAGCUUCCUACCUGUCCGUCCUCCAGCACAUUCUCCAUCGACAUCAUAUGCGCUUCUCUCUACGCAUCGAUCCCAAAUCGUAGACCCGUCACCGGCGACCGAGGAGUUUGAUCGGUAUUGGGCCUGCAUCCGCGCCGAAAUUGAGCAAGGGUGCCGGUGCACGCGCUGGGAUGGCCCGGGCAGCACAGCCAGUAUCAAGGGGUGCAUUUGCGGACGUUGGACGCCAGGGCUGAGCGAAGCCAAGUGGUGGAGAGAAAGCCGCGCGGUGUGGCCAAGCCGUCUCCCCACGCUCAUCAAGACUCUGCGCGACAUAUUCGAGUCGCUCAUGGCCUCGACGACUCCCUGUUCCACUCCUUCACCACAUGGCCACCCGACUGAGUCCCCCGCUUACCCUCCAAGUAGCGUUACGCACUCACUUGUGCCUGCACUAUUUGCAGCACUCGAUCCCAAGUUUCUCACGUUGCAAGUGCGACGUGGAACCUUCGACCCAGACCUUUUCCGUGUCAUUGGCGAAGCGAUGAAAGUACACUGUGCCCCAGUGCGUGACGCCAUGGUCGAUGAAAUGGUCGCGAUUGCUACGGGUUCAAGCGAACAUACCCCGGACAUCGUAAUGGGGCUGCGCAAGUGCUUUGACUGCGUCGAGGUUAUGAAGCUCGACAUUGCCAACCACCAGGUCCAGUCGCUGAAGAACCUGUUGUGGCAGCAAGCGGAGCAUAACGAAAUGGGAACAUUUCUCAACUAUCUCGCUGCCGCCAAGCGCUCGCUCGAGAGUUCCAAGACUUUUGCGUGGAUUCACGCUGCGUCAAAGCGCGUCGCCAUAGCCGCCAUGCCUCAGGAGCGCCGCCACUUGAUGGCCCAGUGUGCGUGCGGAGUCAACUCUGAACUUGCGAUCCGCUCUCUUGCCGAUGGCUUCAUCGACCUUGUAUACGGCGACUGGGUCGAGGACACGGAGGUGUGGCCGCCAAUAGUACCGUCGCGUCGCCCCGAGCUUCCUCCCCCCCUGCGCGUCCUUCCCUCGAAAGUCGUCGUCCCAGAGGUUUUCAAGAUGGACGCGUGUCGCAUUAAGAACUUCCACGCGGAGAUGGUCGACAUUGCGAUCGCCCAGUGCGUACUGUCGACUUUCCGGAGCCACUACGUCAAAGCACACCCGAACGCCUCUGAAGGAGAGGUCGCAGACCAAGUCGCCCAAGUCCGUGAGACCUACAAGCAUAUUAUGACAGUGGGAUCCGGCCUCAUGGGCGGCCAGGCCGGCCACCCGUCCGACAUCAGCUUGCACAUGGCACAUCGCGUCGUGUCUGGACGACUGUGGCCCGAGACGAAGCCCUCCGAUCCCCAUCAGCAUUUUGUAAACCGUCUCGCUCGCGAGUUUGACGCUAUCAUUGGCAGGGGCAUCGCGAAUCGUUCCUCCCCGAUGUACAGGGCGUCACUGGCGUCGCUGCGCCAGCUCACGCAAUUGAUGCUCACAAAUACGCUCCUCCUUCAUCGCGUGCAGCCAGAGUCGUUCCUGUACGACCUGUCCAACUUUGACUCGAGGCCGUGCACGCAAAGCGUGCGUGAACCCGUGGCCCCGCGCCUUCGCGUCAACUCCCGCCGCUUCGUGACCCUCACCGAGCCACUCACGGGCCAGGGCGCGAGCACGUCUGAUCCGCGCGAGCGCUACCAUCGACCACAGUCCCCAAGCAUCGAGGCCGCUCACAGACUUUUCAUGGACACUCUGGAGGCAGGGCGCGCCAACGAAGCUGCCCUCGCCGCAGAACUCGGCUUCAAGCCUCUACUUUACGAGAUUCGAGCUGUAGUCGACCGUAUGGUCAAGACGGCGGACUUCAACCUCUGUGUCUUCAUCAACCUCUACGGCCGCAAAGGCAUGCUAGUUGGCAGCGGCAAGCUGCAGCCUCUCCCAGAGCUUUCAUGA